UGGUAAUCUCUCAACAUGAUGUGCAUGGCAAAGCGCAGAGCCAAGGAGGGUCCAACGGGACGACCUAUUGUUGAAGUCCAUCAGAGAAGCGCUAGAGAACGGCAAAGGAGAGACAGCGGAUUACGUCCUCCACGAUCAAGGUCUCCUGUGGUUCUCGCCACGGGGUAAGAGACAUGUUGUAGCUCCAGCUCGUAAGCUUGUCUCCGGAGUACUGGCUCUGGCACACGGCACCUUCGGACACCCGGGUAUCGCUCGCACCACGACCAUCAUUGCGGACCAAGUACCACUGGGCGAAGCUGAAGAAGUAUGUAUGAGAAUAUGUGCUAUCAUGCAGAUGCCCCAUGCGGAAGUGGCCGUGGAGCAAACAACUUCACAGGGUUGUCUACUUGCGUCCGUGGGAAGUACUAGAGAUGGACAUCCUGGAUAUGAUGGUGGCUUGUCACGAACGCAACCGGUUUUUACAACUUGACAUGUUGCCUACACGCUUCUUGCGUCUGCGGGAAGUACUAGAGAUGGACAUCCAGGAUAUGAAGGUAACUUCUCACGAAGGCAAUCCAAGUUAUGUUGUUUGCUCCACGGCCUCUUAAUACUGGCUGCCUUCUUGAGAAGUUACCUUGAUGACCAGGAGGUCCAUCUCUAGUACUUCCCACGGACGCAAGUAGGCAACCUUGUGAAGUUGUUUGCUCCACGGCCUCUUCGGCAUGCGGCAUCUGCAUGACAGCCGAUGACCAGCAAGUCCAGCGUCGAUCGAGCCACCAGGUUCCUCUUUGCUUUCCCGCUACCCACGAAGGAGACUCUAGGAGUCAGCAGGAAGCUACUGGAGCUCAUCUUCCCCAGACUGAGGACUGGCCACAGACUCCGUCGUAGCGGCUCCCCUCUAUCGUUAUUGAACCGACGGGUGGCUCAAGGCACAAAAGGAACAUCGUCGGCAGGGGUGUGGGAGUAUCAAGGCAAGUGUCAAGAUGGCACCGUGUCUUCCUGGCUCACCAAAGACGGGGUUAGGGGCAGUUUUUCACCUUCGCAACUGGAUGUCUUUCACGUCAUGUGGGAAGACUAUCGCGGCAGAGCCACAGCGCCGAGACCCGCAGGAUCACCUUCGUGAGGAGAAAGGGAAGUAACCACUUGGACCGAAGCUCUGGAAGAAUUCUCCUAUGGGACCGAAGUAAGAAGGGAGCUCACAGACCAACAAGGCAAUAUCGUCCUUCGUAGAGGGCGAGUCUGCGACUUUUACGACCCGUAUUGGAGAGUGGAAUUCAGCGACAACGAUUGUGAAGAACUCAAACGGGAGUUACGACGAGGCAUUGACGUGGCCACAAGACUUCCCCCGUUGACGGCUCAAGAAUACUGAAGUCGUACACUGCCGGCAGCUCCCCGCUGUGUAUGCGGGAAGGUGGGGGGGGUGUCGCGGUAGUGUGAUGAGGACCGCACGAGGUCGUCUUGUUCAAUUCAAAAUCUUAUCAGUUGAAGUUCGAGAUCGCCUUCGUCAGUUGAAGACAGCCUUUGGCAGUGGAAGAGCAUCUUCGGCAGUGGAAGAUCACCUUUAUCAGCUGAAGAUCGUCUUCGACAGUUGAAGAUCGUCGUCAUCAGUUGAAGAGCAUAUUCUUCAAUUAAAGACCGUCUUCGUCAGGGAGACCAGUCUACGACGCUAAACCAGUAACGGCCGUCGUUCGAGGAUGAUGAUUCCGAACAUGUAACAUCGACAUGGACCUCAAGACCGGGAUCCGCCCUUCACUCUUAAAGGUUUAAAUGCCCU